UCUCUCUGCUCUUCUAAACUCUGCUGGGCAUCGUUGCGCGUCAAAACAUUGCGUCUGAGCUGGACUUGCCAGGGCCAGAAAAGAGCAGAGGAAAAUAUCCCGGGAAGGAAUGCGAAAGGAGCUUUAGAAUUGGCACUGCCACGAGGAAACGAGGAGGUGCGACGUUUUCGGGCUACGUGGUGAACCGUGUUUUCUUCCCAUCAAAGGUGUGUGCCUCCCGCCCCAGCGCCCACCACGGCCCUCACCUGUGUGUUGCGGUGCUUUCCUUGUGAGCCGACCUGGGCUGGCAGUCCCUUCUUGCACCGCCCGCCAACACCGCCCAUGGUCAGAAUGACGCGCUCCAAGACCUUUCAGGCCUACCUGCCCAGCUGUCAUCGGACCUACAGCUGCAUCCACUGCCGAGCUCACCUGGCCAACCACGACGAGCUCAUCUCCAAGUCUUUCCAAGGCAGUCAGGGCAGGGCCUACCUAUUCAACUCAGUGGUGAACGUUGGGUGCGGUCCUGCAGAGGAGAGAGUCUUGCUCACGGGGCUGCAUGCUGUAGCAGAUAUUUACUGUGAGAACUGCAAGACCACCCUGGGCUGGAAAUACGAACAUGCCUUUGAGAGCAGCCAGAAAUACAAAGAAGGAAAGUUCAUCAUCGAGCUGGCCCACAUGAUCAAGGACAACGGCUGGGACUGAUGCCGACCAAGUGACGCGCGCACGGAUGGACAAAUAAAUAGAAACUGAAGGGGAGGGGCAAGGGGCGGGGUCUUAUGUGUGGCGGGUUAGUGUGUGACUUGGGUUUGGCUGAUCUACCAUUAAACUCUGUAACUCUCUGCCCAUUCCCUCCCUUUUGACCACACCUCUCUGGAUGUAUACACUCAAUUAACAAAACCACGCAGACAUCCCAGCUUGAGAGACCUGACGCAGCUAAGCGAAUGUGUAGUCGUAGGAAACGGGGAUACGCUGAGUAUAUACAGUGUGGUGUGCGCUCUUUGAAACAAAAAAAUAUAGAUUUUGACUGACAGGUUGAAGAUCUGAUGAGGCUUGCGCUUGUCCCUGCUGUGAUUGAGAUGACCUAAGGGUGAUUAGUGCAAAAAUCCAGUUGAUGGCAGAGGGGGGGGGGCAUGCCAGCUGUGCCAGCGAUGAAACCCGGGAUUCAGAGGGCAGGACUUGGCACGGUUGCUAUAGACACGGAGCAGCGGUAACAGUGGUAGAGGGUGGAUUUCGACAUAGUGGCUUGAUCUCUCUGUCCCUUUAAGCUUUGAUGGCUUCCUGGCCCGCUCCGGCUCAGAUGUAGUGGUUUCAAACAGGGCGGGGGUAGUGAAAGAGAUACGCCACGCACUCGGCCCUGCCCAAAACCGCACGGUGUACAAGCAGGAGCGUCAGGAGCGAAGUGGAGCCCCCCUCAGAGCUGUAUUCAUCCAUGCGGUGUAAAGCGAUACAGGAUCACGAGCUGCUUGUCGGCUGUCUGCGUUCUGUUACUUAAGCAGGUAGAAUUACACAACAGGAGCGUGUCUCAGGUGAACAGCGCUGUCAGCACCUUCGCGGCGUGAGCGAGCAAAGGUGUGAUCGCUCAGUACGUUUACAUGCAGGGAGCAAAUUCAAAUUAUUGCACAAGGCUACGAGAAAACUGUAAUAAUCGCAAUGACAGCUGAAUUAUUUGGUUGGUUAUUGGCCCAUGUUUACAAACUCAAAGCAUAUUCCAGAGCCAAACAGUGGUACCGAUGUGUAUAGUAACAAGAAACCUUUUAGUAUCUCUGCAAACUUGGUCUCAAAUGUACUUAAAUUGAAACUGUUAUAAUGCUCAAAUGUGCUAGCAGAAAGCAUAUAGGUAUUGUGUCACAUUUGUCUGCUAAAUGUUGAUAUUUAUAAAUUACUCGAGUGCGGGCGCUCUAAUCUAAUUAUAGAUAGUGUUAGCUUCUUUUCUACUUUUUGACAAAGGCUACAUACUGUUAAGAGGCAUCACAUGUUAGCAGCAUUAGCCCUAACAAGAUCAAGACCGGAGGCACACAGUAGUUUGAUAUGUUCCUGUACGAAAUGAGAAAUCCGGUAAGCGGGCACAGUGUCACUAAGCUCGUGCAUGUAAACGUACUGGACAGAAAAUGCUUGACUAGCUUAAGUCAUUCUGGAGGAGAUUGCAUUUAUAAUUUCAAACAGAAAAGAUAGGGGCUCUUUCAGUCUGGGAUGGCUGUUCUAACCGGCUGUAACUACCACAUCCACAAAACCUACUGGGCAAGAUUAAGAGCAAUGUACUUUGGUUUAUUUUUUUAUUGAUGCUAGCCACUUGGCAGAUUUACUGAGGGGAUAUGUAACAUGCAGUGGUGAAAUGCAGUCACAUCAUUAUUUCUGGUGUACAACAUGCAUGCUAAUAGUGCUCUGGACUGUACUUUCUUGAUCACAGUUACAUUUGUUUUGGUGUGCUGUUCUAUAGUGACCACACUCUAAAUGUAAAUGGGACACAGACGGUGAGGUUGGAGCAGUGGGUUCCCCUUGCAGCAGGACCACAGCGUUAAAGUCUGAAUACUCCUGCUUUCUUUGUGUUUCCUGAUGUUGUGAACAUUGCUCUCGAGACGUUGCCCUGUAUUUAUUGAGUCCGGUUCUGAGCUUACCACGGAGACUUGCAUUCUCUAUCUAACUGCUCCAGCACAACCAAAGAACUCACCCGAACAACAAUAAAUUGACCAAACAAAAGCUCUCUUUUUGCUUGGGCAAAGUGUUGCAAAACAAGGGGUGUGUGUAUAGCUGAAAGCCAAGGUUGUGGAUAGCCUUUCUUUGUGAGUAUAUAUAUAAUGCAUUAUGAUUUUGUAAACAACAGAUCUUAAUAUAUGAAUAUAUAUUCAAUUUACUGUAUUCACCAUGAGGAUUACUGUUCUCUUGUCGACCUCUGUGUUACAGAUUGUAAAUAGUGUUAUUGUACUGUGUUUUAUUAUGAUCUAUAUGAUCUUGAAUGAAUAUGAUUUCGGUCAUGUCAUGCUUUCUCUCCGGUAUCCCACAUCGGCUGUACAAUAACUACUUUUUUACUGAAAUGUUACAAUUUUAAUGUCUUUUGUAAGGGAGGAUGCUGAUGUUGACUAUGUAUCAUUGGAUCUUCAUCUAAUAAAAGGCAUCUUGGUAUCCAUACUGAAA